AGAGGAAACAAAAACAAUCGGCCGGGCGCCGCCAUCUUGGGUCCGUUCUCCACGCCACACAAGUGAAUGGGUAGAUAUGAAAUUACCACAGGGGAGCAGCAGCAGCAGCAGGGUACGGAGGGCUGUUCCGAGCUGCCGGCUGGACUCGGGGGACUCUAGAGACGGCUCCCGCCGCCGCCGCCGCCCAGAGAAAACCCCCGGGCUCGGCCUUUUCUCCUCGCCAACCCCUAAACUGCACUCCUGGAGGGACAAAGUUGGUCUCAGCCGCGCUGCCUCCGCCGCCCGGGAGACGAGAGAGUCGGGUUCGGCAGCGGCUUCCUCGGGGCCGGGAGUGAGCCGGGGUCAGAGUUAGGGGCGAGGGUGACGAGGGGAUUCCUCCCCCCUCCACCCUCUGGCCGGGGCUCGCCUGGUGCGCUGUGUGGGAGGCAGGAGGAGAAGGCGGGAGGAGUCCAGCAGGCUUUUCCUUUCCACCCCUGCUAUUUCUUAUUCCUUUCUCCUAAAAGGAAAAAAAAAAAGAAAAAGAAAAAGAAAAAAAAAGGCAAGAACUGGAUCGGGGGGGGGGGGGGGGGGAGGACGGGACCGUCUCGGCUCUCCGUUUGAACAGCAGCGGGGCGGGCGGAGGUGCGGCGAGAAAGAAAUGUGUCCGUGAGGAGUUGGAGAGGAGCGUGCAUCCAGCAGAAGAGUCACAAGCCUGCUGCUGCACGGGAGGAAGAAGCCGGCGGGGAAGGCAGCCGCUGCAUCCUCCCCUCUGCCCGCAGUCUCGCUCGCCUCCUCGCUUCCAAAGAAGCUGAAUUCUCCUAGGAGCACGGCAGUCAAGGAAGGAAGGAAGGAUUUGCCACAAAGAAUAUAUCACCCUCCUCCCCAGCGGCUGGAUACUGCAUAUUUUUUUUUUUUUAAUUUUUUAUUUUUCCCCCCCCGCUCCAGUCGCUCUGCUGUGUUUAAAUACCAAAUAUAGCCUCUUGCGGGGGGGGGGGGGGGGAGGGGAUGGAAAUCUCUUAGAAGAAUUCGAAAUCUUGCUCGGAUUCGGGAGUGCUGGUGUCGCAAGGACCGGGAGAAGGACCGGGAAGAGGAGGGGAGGUGCGCGGCUCUCGCUGACUGGCGGCAGGACUAGAGAUUUGCCACUUUUCGGGAAGCCCGAAGGUUGGUUUGUUACCAAACUGUUGUUUCUCCCCUUUUCCUCUUCUGGGUUACGCUAAAUCCCUCAGCAUUAUUAAAGAAAACCGAAGCGUUGCCCACGUGUAGCUGGUGGCUUGCUUUUUUUAAGGUAGUUUUCAUCAAGAAACUGACAAAGCUUCCUCCCUUCACCCGGAGGCUUUUGAGGUUUGAAACUGAAAUGGAGCUACUUUUCUCCCAAACACUACAUGUUGUAUGAGGGUAGCCAGGACGAAAACAUCGUGUUUGCUGAUUUCGAUACGACUCCCCGACACUCUGCACCUACGGGGGAUGCUUCACGGAGCUUCAUGUCAAAAAGAUUUGGAGUGUGCUCAGAGACUUCGUCGUGUCCAGCAGCUUAAUUGUUGACUUUUUUUUUUUUAAAGUGGAUUCGUAGCAUACUUUUAUGAAUUAAAUUUUGCCACCAUUUGUACAGAAGCCAAAUGACACGUGUGUUUUGAAACACGGUUCUAAAUAUAUCCAUCCCUCAACCCGGAUUCUCGCUAGAAAGAGCCGGAGGGAGAUCGUCAGUGUCUAAACAGAUCUGAUUUUACUGUUUUAUGAACACUGUCUGCUGCAGAAAUGUUGCUAUAGAUUGCUUUAUAACGGUUCAGCAAGAAGGGAGAUUUUCCAGCUUGCAGGACCCAGGAAACUGGAUACUUAAAGUCACUUAAAUGUUUUAACAGCAUUGGAAAAUGGGAGCUGCUACUAAGUUGGCGUUCGCUGUUUUUCUUAUCUCUUGUUCUUCAGGUGCCAUACUUGGCAGAUCAGAAACACAAGAGUGUAUCUACUACAACGCUAAUUGGGAAAAAGAUAAAACAAAUCGCAGUGGUAUUGAACCUUGUUAUGGUGAUAAAGAUAAAAGACGACAUUGUUUUGCUACAUGGAAGAAUAUUUCUGGAUCAAUUGAAAUUGUGAAGCAAGGUUGCUGGCUAGAUGACAUCAAUUGUUAUGACAGGAAUGAUUGCAUAGAGAAGAAGGACAGCCCUGAAGUGUUUUUCUGUUGUUGUGAAGGCAACAUGUGUAAUGAACGCUUUUUCUAUUUUCCCGAAAUGGAGGUCACGCAACCAACUUCCAACCCUGUUACACCUAAGCCACCUCUGUUCAAUACCUUGCUUUAUUCAUUGGUGCCUAUAAUGGGAAUUGCAGUUAUUGUGCUCUUUUCAUUUUGGAUGUACAGACAUCACAAGCUAGCGUAUCCUCCAGUACUCGUUCCAACCCAACACGCCUUUCAUAUAAUGAUUGAGGAUCCUGGACCACCACCACCUUCACCAUUGAUGGGUUUGAAGCCAUUGCAGUUACUAGAGAUCAAAGCUAGGGGAAGAUUUGGUUGUGUAUGGAAAGCUCAACUGCUGAAUGAGUAUGUUGCGGUCAAAAUAUUCCCUAUUCAGGACAAACAGUCAUGGCAGAAUGAAUAUGAAAUUUACAGUUUACCUGGAAUGAAGCAUGACAAUAUCUUGCAGUUCAUUGGUGCAGAGAAACGAGGCACUAGCAUUGAUGUCGAUCUCUGGUUAAUUACAGCAUUUCAUGAAAAGGGUUCAUUAACAGACUUUCUCAAGGCUAACGUGGUUUCUUGGAAUGAGCUAUGUCACAUCGCUCAAACUAUGGCUAGAGGCUUGGCUUAUCUUCACGAGGAUAUACCAGGGCUAAAAGAUGGACAUAAACCUGCCAUCUCACAUAGGGACAUCAAAAGCAAGAAUGUGCUGCUGAAAAAUAAUCUCACAGCUUGUAUUGCUGAUUUCGGUCUAGCUUUAAAGUUUGAGGCUGGAAAGUCUGCAGGGGAUACACAUGGACAGGUUGGUACACGAAGGUAUAUGGCUCCUGAGGUACUAGAAGGUGCUAUAAACUUCCAAAGGGAUGCGUUUUUGAGAAUAGAUAUGUAUGCCAUGGGAUUAGUCCUCUGGGAAUUGGCAUCGCGCUGUACUGCCUCGGAUGGCCCAGUAGAUGAGUACAUGUUGCCAUUUGAAGAAGAAAUUGGCCAGCAUCCCUCCCUUGAAGACAUGCAGGAAGUCGUAGUUCAUAAAAAGAAGAGGCCCGUUUUAAGAGAGUGUUGGCAAAAACAUUCUGGAAUGGCGAUGCUUUGUGAAACGAUAGAGGAGUGCUGGGAUCAUGACGCGGAAGCCAGGUUGUCAGCGGGCUGCGUAGAAGAGCGGAUCAUUCAGAUGCAAAAACUAACUAACAUUAUAACAACAGAGGACAUCGUGACUGUGGUCACGAUGGUGACAAAUGUUGACUUUCCUCCCAAAGAAUCCAGUCUAUGAUAGUUGCACUGGUCACGUGACUGACCACCAGGACUCUUCACUGGAGCUGCUAAAGCUAAGGGGACUGCUUACGUCAUUACUGUUUUCUGUGUGAAAAGAAUGGUAAGUCUCUCUGGAACAUCAUCAAGAGGUGUUUUUCCUUUAUUUCCCCCUUCCUCCUCCCGAACGCGGAUCCACGAGACUUUUUGCAUUCCCUCCUUACACCUGAAGGACGUGGGACUGAGAAAGGGUAACGUGCUGUUAAGGAACUUAAAUGAAGAAUAUGGACCUGUACUGGCUAAUCAAGCGUUUUAAAAACUGACAUCAGAUUUCUUAAUACCUGUCAGAAGAGACUAAUUCCUUAAAUGAACUACUGUUAUUUUUUUUAAAUCAAACAUUUCAUUUCAGAUUUAAAAAAAGGGUAACUUGUUUUUAUUGCAUUUGCUGUUGUUUAUAAAAAUGACUAUUGUAAUGCCAAUAUGACACAGCUUGUGAAUGUUUAGUGUGCUGCUGUUCAGUGUACAUAAACAAAAGUAAUCGAGUGGGAUAUAGCAAAGAGGCUUCCAAGUAUUACUUAACCUCCCUCAACAAGGUAUACCUCAGUUCCACCUCUGCUAAAUUAUGAGAUUGACAACACUAACAAAAUUUGAAUAAUAAAUUGAUCCAUGUUUUGUAAAUGAUGUAUUUCAAAUUCACUGUGUUAUUUAAAAAGGGUAAGCUAUGCUUCAUGCCAACAGUAAAUGGCCAUUCCUAAAGCAGUGUUUUUAGCCUUUUCUUGUACUAGCUUGUUGUGUAUAAAGAAAAAAAAGUGCUGUUUAUUGAAACAAAAUUUCCCUUCCUCUUUUAGUUUAAAGCUUUUCUCUUUCCUCCAUUUCCCAGAAUCUCUCAUACAUUUAUUUAAUGGAAUACUAUUUAGGUUUGCUGUGUCUGAGGAAUAUUUGAAAACUUAAGCAUGACUUUUUGUAAUUUUCUGUGAGCUAUGACACUGGAAAGCUCUGAAUUCUUGUUCUUUUUUUUUUAAAGUCUUUUUCCUAUUUAUGUUUGUGAAAAGGUCUGCCUAGCGUGUGUUCUGUUUCACUAAACAGUAUGCAGUGGGUUCUGUAUCACUGUUUCAGGAUCACCUCAGGAAGCUCAGUUACCCCGAAUUCCUUACUCUCUGCUUUGAGAUUUGCAACUUCACUCUACGUAAAGCUUGGUGCCAUCUUAUCGGAGUACUACGUAAUGUCCGUGAUACAUAGGUUUAUCCUAGAAUCAUAUGAAAAAUUCUAGCCACAGAUUUCAGAUUAUAAAUGCUUACAAAUUUCAGGGAUAAUUCAGUUACGCUUACAACUUAAAAUACGCAAUGACUAUUUAGAGGUAACGAAUACCAAUGUCCAUAGCACAGACUGACAAAAAAAUGAGGAAAACCAUUGAAAUUGCUUUCACAACUCCAACAUUCUUUUUGAGUUUAGGAAGUCAUGCCUUAUAUUCGAAGUGACUGGUCGAUAGGUGCCAAAGUGCUUCGCAGAAGUACUGUUUCACUGCAUUUAUUUGAUCCUUUACACAAACUUCCAAGUAAAAUAAAUUUUAUAAACCUCUAGAGUACAGAACCGACACUAGCUAGUAGUACGCUGCGUAUUCUGUCGUUUUGUUUUUACGCCAUGCGUUCAGCGUCUUUCGAAAGAAGCUUUUAGUGUUGCAGUUAGGAGCUGACUCUGAACGUUAUCUUGAAAAUCGAUCUGUACAGCCACAAGCUACUCUGGGUUUUACCCGUACAGGAACUUCACCUCUGGGAACAACAGGAGGCAUUUCGGCUAAACAAGACCUAGGUCAGCGUGCUCUUGGCAGGGAGGGGAAGGAAGGUGCAGCGGCACAGCGACCACCCGGGGCCGGCCGGCCGUUCGUCGCCUGCUGCGUGCCUAAGGGUCCAGGUAGCCAGAAGAACCCCGCUCUAAAGCGCCGUCGUGGGGUACAACGCGGUGGCGUUCAGCUUGGCUGUAAAAAGAAAGAAAUCUGGUUUGUGGCCGCUGCUUCGGUUGACGCUUGCAUUUUCCUUCCGUUUUUGAUCCAGGGACGGGGCUUUAUGCACACAGCAGGACAUGAACGUAGCCGCCGAGUUCUGAACAAAUAAGAAUCGAUUCGUACUUCGCUGAAGACCUCUGUGCUCCCAAUGAGUUUUAACCCCUUUCCUAGCAAAAAUGGAGUAAACACAGAUGUUCUCAUAAUCUGUUACUCAAGCUCUGAUGCAGAAUUGGUUGUAAGGCGCGCAUCACCUGUGUGUUGUCCUUUAAACUUCAGCUGCCGUGGGUUGUUGCGGGUCGCUCAUAGGUGUCACGUUGCAGACGGCGCGGGGGCACUGGCUAAGCCUCACAUCGGGAAAUCUGAGAGAACUUAUCUUUGUGUUUUAAAACUGCCUUUGGAUAUCCUUGAUUGUUUAAAUAUUGGACUACUCCGAGUUUCCUGAUUUUUAACAGCAUAAUUUAGUGUCACUGUGAAAAGGAUGUUCAUAGUAUAAAAUGCUUUUUAAUUGGUAAAAAUAAUAUCCCCCGAGCUGUUCUGGUACGACUGUUCUCAUGGGGCAUUUUGACGUGUAUUUUUGUUUUGCUUCUAGAGCAUUAAACGUGCAAGUUGAGCAGAUGCCUGAGCCGGCAGCACUUUGCAAGUGUAAGCGAGGGCAGGAUUCGGUAAGAUCGGCGCUAGGGGAAAUGUUUUGGCAUUAUUUACCAGCAGGCAGCGAGCGUUGUCCCUCUAUGUCCUGUAGCGAUGGUGUGGGCUCCAGGGGGUCGGGAGCAGCCUCUCCCUCCCUCUUCGCUUUUCGCGAAGUCGUCUGAAAAGAUGAUGGCGGAUCGGCUGGGGGACUGGAAAAAGCCCCCGCCUUACGUUUUUACGUCGUGUGAGAGGGUGAGAAGUUUCUGUAUCGCAUCCUGUGUGACUUCGUACUUGCGACCACGCGCACCGUAGCGUUGCUGAGUGGAGACCGCGCCUCGGAGUUGUUGGAGUUGUUGAACUAGGGCUGUUGGUGGUGGGGGGGGGGGUCAGAAACUACCCUGGAGGAGUGAAACCCACCACUUCGUACCUUCUGGGUGAGAUUUUAAAAAGUCGGUGUAGUUUUCAAAUACCAACUUUCAAUGUGCUAACUGAAUUGUAACCAGGCAGUAAUAAGACUUUUCCUGUUCCUAUUAGCAUUCGACAGAAUAAAUAGGGUUACCAGUUUGCUCUUUUUCCAGCUUCUUUUUUUUUUUUUUAACCUUUUUUAAUAUGUUUACUUUUAUUAGGAACACUUGGUACAAAAUGCAGAAAGCUGCAAUAUACAUUCAUGGGCAAAAUGAUUCAAGUAGCAUCCUUGAUGGAACAUCAUUUACCUCAGAUACUCAACCAGCAGUACUUUUUUUUUUUUUUUUUUUUAUUUUUUUAAUGCUGUUUCAGUCCAUAUACUAUUCGUUACCUCUCAAGAUUUUGGUAAGCAAUUAUUUUAACUUUACUCUUUGUAUUUGUCAGUGUUUUGGGCACAGGUUGUUGUACUACUGUCAGAGGGUACUUGCUGUUUUUCUGCAAGUACUAGAAACAAACCAACCCCCCCCUCGCCCUCAAUAAAGUGAUUGUUAAAUAUUGUACAAAUAAAAAUGUAUACUCUUUCUCCCCCAUUCCCCCCAAAAGUUAAAAUAAAAAAUGUGACUACUA